AUGCAGAAAGGACUCCUUCAUGUGAGACGCUCGAUACCUGUCGUGCAAAUUGCUUUCACUGCACCGCACCGGAUUAACCUGGGACAAGUCCGUCAUGCAUCAUUAAAUCCCAUGAACUGGUUGCGAGAAAGACUCGCGACACAAUUGCGGGAUGAAGGUGCAGCUGAGGCUUCUAGUGCAGCCAAACGGGCAGCAAGAGCUGAAGGCCAACGCAGCAUAUUCGAAGUUUCCCAAGAUCAAACCAAAUCUACGGCGGUUGAUUCGAGUACUGAUGUUGCUCGAACUGAAGCACCGGAAACAUACAAACAUCCGAAAAAACGAAAACAGAUGAAGAAGGCUCAUUCGCAUAAAUAUUCGACGGCCAACUUCAAAAUAUCUCCCAGGAAAUUGAAUAUGCUUGGUCGUCAAAUAUCUGGGAAGCCGAUAGACGAGGCGAUUUUACAAAUGCAAUUCAGUGAAAAGAGAGCUAGUAAUCGUAUCCUCAACAUGCUUGCAACGGCAAGGGAUCAUGCAGUUUCCUACAAGGGACUGGAGAAACCGAAAUUGGUCAUCUCCGAAGCAUGGGUGACAAAAGGCAAAUACAUGAAACGCAUUGAGCCUCGAGCGCGAGGUCACUUCGGAGUACGAACUCACCCUAGCGCCCGGAUGCAUGUUGUAUUGAAGGAGGGCAGGACGUUGGAUGAGAAGAAGGCGGCUGAGCAUGCGUAUAAACUAAACCGUGUCGUUUCCGCAUCGCAUGUAAGAGAAGACAAGCCAAUACGGAAUCCAGGAGCUAUGUGGACCUGGUAA